GAGAAGGCUUCAUGGAAGAUCAUUUAAGCACAUAAUGGCAGCCUAGACCUAAGAUGAUAAAAAUACUAAACCUGUUCCUGCUCCUUCAAACUAUCUCUGGAGAGAUCAUUCCACAAACCCUAAUCCUGGAUACAGCUACAGAUCUAGAGUUUCCAGUUACAGGAGAAUAUGAGGAUGAUAAUAAACCUAUUCCGGUCGUCGAUGUCUCCGCUGUUAUUGGAGGUGAUGCUGAGCUUCCCUGUGAUAUAUCUCCUCCAGAUCCCGGAGACAGUGUUUACCUUGUUCUCUGGUAUAGAGAUCUAGCAGGGAAACCUCUUUAUAGUUUUGAUAUCAGGGGAAGACCUAGUGAAACUGCAAACCAUUGGUCUGCAGAUCCUCCAUUCGGUUUCGGUAGAAGAGGAACAUUCAGAGUUGGAACUAAACCUGCAGCUCUUAUAAUCUCAAAUAUAAGUAUGGUAGAUCAGGGGGUUUACAGGUGCAGAGUGGACUAUCGAAACUCUCCGACAAGAAACAUGAAACUAAACCUUACAAUUGUUGAAGAGCCGCAUGCUCCUCAAAUACUUGAAGACGAACUAACAGAUGUUCGUGGAGCAUUCGCUGGACCGUUCAACGAGGGAGAAGAACUGAGAUUACUCUGCCAGGUUCAUGGAGGUAGACCAGCUCCCUCUGUAUUCUGGUAUAUCGGAGAUGAUAUUGUUGAUGAGUCCUUUAACAGAGUUCCUGGACGGGAUAUAGUUACCAACAGGUUGAGAUACACCAGGUUGGGUCGAGAAAUGAACAAUAAGAAGAUCAGCUGUGUAGCAAAGAAUAAUGAAAUCAACGAACCAAAAACAAGAACAGUUACAAUCAGAAUGAACUUACGACCGGAGACAGUAAAAAUCUUGCAUAAAGCUGAAUUCCUGGUUGAGGGAAAACCUGUUCAAAUCAUCUGUGAGGCGAGGGGUAGUGAACCACCAGCUAGAAUACGAUGGUUUAUUGGAGAUAAACCUGUUCAGGAGGUUCAUGUUCAGAAUAAUCCUAUUGGUUCUAUCACGACAAGUAUUCUCACCUUUACUCCAGGAAAAGGGGAUAACCGCGAAGGAAUCACGUGUCGAGGAUACAAUGAAAAUAUGCCCGGCACUGCGCUCGAGGAUCAAUGGAAUAUAUCUGUAAUGUAUAAACCGAGAUUGAGUCUCUCCCUUGGGAGAACCUUGGAUCCCAGUGAGAUAAAGGAAGGAGAUGAUGUGUAUCUUGAAUGUUCUAUAAUAUCCAACCCUCCAGUAAAUAGACUAGAGUGGUACCAUGAGGAAACCCAACUGUUCCACAAUAGCACUGCAGGAAUCCUGCUUUCCAACCAAUCCUUGGUUAUUCAGGGAAUAGAUGAAAGCGGGAAGGGAGGAUACACGUGUAGAGCAGAGAACAAGCAAGGAAACUCAACCAGUAAUAUCGUCAACAUUAGAAUUAAAUAUCGUCCGAUGUGUCGUCAUCAAACCGAGCCAAAGAUUGCCAUGGAUUCAGAUAAUCCAACUAUUAUAGAUUGUGAGCUGGACAGUAAUCCUGAUAUCACAGACGUUAUCUGGAUUGCUUCUAAAGGAGGUUACCAGCAAAGGAUAUCCUCUGAACAUUACACUUUCAGUAAAGGGAUGAGCAGACUAUCUUUCAAAACUGCCAGGGAGAAUGAGUACGGUUCAGUUCUGUGCUAUGGGAUCAAUGAUAUCGGAACCCAGAAAGAUCCUUGUGUGUUCUCCCUUGAACCUGCAGGAAGACCACACGCUCUGCAGAACUGUACAAUGGAUAACAAAACCUCAGUUCUUCAUAUCAUCUGUCAACCAGGGUUCAAUGGAGGACUUGUUCAACGAUUCACACUCCAGAUUCUGCAGAGUGGAACAAGCAUAGUCCUGGCAAACCUAACCAGGACGGAGCCAACCUUCAAGAUAUCAGAGUUCUACACAACCUAUAAAGUUGCUAUUCAGAUAUUUUCACACAACAAGCAAGGUUCAAGCGAACCUUAUUUGGUUGCGGAGGGGAUUACGCUCAGGAGGCCUGGUAUUCAUUCUCCAGUGGUUCCUGAAGAAGAUGGUGGGUUGGAGAGAGGUUUCCUUGCUGCUGGAGCAACUCUACUCUCCUGUAUCUUAGUUCUACUCAUUGCAGCUCUUGUCUAUAUUAAGAGAAAGGGUUCAGGGAAGAAGCUCCUUGUUAUGGAUCACUGUGUGGGAAGGGAGAAAGUUGACAGAAUAAGAUCUAGAGAGGUGAACAGCUUAUCCAAGGAUAAGGAGGAGGAGGAGGAGGGGGAAGGAGGGGAUGAGGAGGAGUGUCCUGAGUUCCCCGCCUUUCAACAAAAGUCUGACAGAUAUGAACCUGGAUAUGCAAGCAAUAGAUGCGGAAAUAUUGACAUAUCAAAUCUACAGCUCAGUUCAGAGAGUAAGGUAGAGGAAGCUAAACCUGCAGCUGCUCCAUUAAAUCGGGUUGCUUGUAAACCGAUCUUGAAAAAUCGAAUCCAGAAUAUUAUCAACACUAAACCUGAAGAAGUUAAUCCAGACCAGGAAUGUAUAACAUGGUACUCAAAUCCUCUCAACACUACAUUCUUUCCGUCUGAGAUACCUUACUCUCCAACUCCAACCCAGGAUGCAUAUUCAACCCUGCAGACCCGUAGACAAGGACAAUAUUCUGGAUCAUAUCAUCACAGUGGCGCGGAGCGUUCCAAAGGAUAUAGAAAGACAGGAACAGGGGAAUCCACGUCUGAGUACAGAAACCACGCUGGAAAUAUUGGAACUAUUCCUAGAACAGGACCUCAGGAUCCAUUCAACUAUAGGUCUGGACAACAUUAUAUGUAG